AUGGCAUCCAAACCACGAUUCUUUACCGCUUCAAAGAAAGGUGAAAAUUACGAAUUAAGAGCCGGACUCAAUUCACAAUAUGCCGAUCAAAGGAAAGAUGCAAUCAAGAGAGUGAUCGCAAAUAUGACAGUCGGAAAGGAUGUCAGUGGAUUAUUUCCGGACGUAUUGAAGAAUAUGCAAAGUGAUGAUCUAGAACAAAAGAAAUUGGUUUAUUUAUACUUGAUGAAUUAUGCUAAAUCUCAUCCCGAUCUUGUUAUUCUGGCAGUUGACACAGAAGAUUCAAAUCCACUCAUUCGAGCUCUUGCAAUUCGUACAAUGGGAUGUCUUAGAGCUGAUAAAAUCUUGGAUUACGUCUGCGAUCCGUUACGAAAAUGUCUACAAGAUGAUAAUCCGUAUGUACGAAAGACGGCUGCUAUUGGGGUAGCUAAGCUUUAUGACCUCAAACCUACUCUCGCCUUGGAGAAUGGAUUUGUGGAUCAAUUAAAAGACAUGGUGGCUGAUAGUAAUCCGAUGGUAGUAGCAAAUGCGGUGACAGCUUUGACAGAGAUUCAUGAAUGUGCUAUUACCACAGAUCCAUCAGAUACAGUGUUCAUUUUGGAUCAACCCGUCAUUCAAAAACUAUUGGUUGCCUUGGGAGAAUGUACAGAAUGGGGUCGGAUCGCUCUCUUAGGUGCAAUAGCAAGGUAUCGAUCGGUUGAUCAAAAGGAUGCUGAACAGAUUUGUGAAAGGGUUAUACCCCAAUUUCAACACGCUAAUGCUAGUGUAGUCUUAGCAGCUAUCAAGGUCAUCAUGAUCCAUGUUAGGGAUGUUAGACGGGAAGAGUUUGUAAAACAGAUCAUGCGAAAAAUGGCACCACCUUUAGUGACACUAGUAUCGUCAGCACCUGAAGUACAAUGGGUAGCAUUACGAAAUAUCAAUUUGAUUCUUCAACGUAGGCCUGACGUCUUACAAAAUGAAAUGAGAGUGUUUUUUUGCAAGUAUAACGAUCCUGCGUAUGUGAAAGUUGAAAAACUAGAUAUCAUGGUUAAACUUGUAACAGAGAAAACAGUUGAUACACUUUUAAGUGAACUGAAAGAGUAUGCCUCUGAGGUCGAUGUCGAGUUUGUCAGGAAAGCCGUUAGAGCUAUUGGACAAUGUGCAAUCAAGAUUGAUGAAGCUGCUGAGCGAUGUGUGAAUGUAUUACUUGAUUUGAUUUCUACUCGAGUCACAUACGUUGUGCAAGAGGCUAUCAUUGUGAUUAAGGAUAUCUUUCGAAAAUAUCCUUCGAGGUACGAAGGCAUCAUACCUACGCUUUGCUCGAAUCUAGACGAACUUGAUGAACCGGAAAGCAAGGCCUCAUUAAUUUGGAUAUUGGGAGAUUAUGCUGAAAAGAUUGAUAAUGCGGAUGAGAUCUUAGCCACGUUCUUAGAUACCUUUUCUGAGGAUCCCUUUGCGGUUCAACUACAAACCCUCACAGCGAUUGUAAAACUGUUUUUGAAAAAACCUGAUGGUGCUCAAUCACUUGUGCAGAGGGUACUUUCACUUGCGACUAAAGAUUGUGAUAGUCCUGAUCUACGAGAUCGUGCAUAUAUUUAUUGGAGACUAUUAUCCACCGAUCCUGAAGCCACAAAGCGUGUAGUAUUGAAGGCUAGACCUACGAUCUCACUUCAUACAACUUCAGUAUCACCUGCACUUUUAGAAGAAUUAAUUGAUGAGAUCUCAACACUCGUUAGUGUAUAUCAUAAACCUGCUGAGACAUUUAUUGGACGUGGUCGAUUAGGAGCAGAUGAAGUCCAGCGGAAGGCCACCGAACGAGAAGAAGAUUUAUCCAGGGAGAGAGCAAUUGCAACAGUAGUACAAGGUCAACAUGCUGAGAAUUUAUUAGAUUUCGGUGAUGACGAUGAAGAAGUAACAGCAGGAACAAUGCCAGCGGUAGUAGAUGGACUUGGUCAAUUGAUGAUCAAUAGUCCAAAUUCAGAUCCUAAGAAAUUAAAUCCGAUCAGUUCAACGAGUGCUAGUAAUCCAUUAGAUGAUCUCUUUGGUUUGUUUGAUAAUCCUACAAGUGUUAAUCAAGUAGGCGGUGGUGGUGUUAAUAGUAAUAACAGUGGGAAUGGGAUCAAUUCGAUGGGUAUGGGUAUGGGUAUGGGUAUGGGAGGAAAUACACAAGGAGGAAAUGUGGAUUUGUUUGAUGGAUUAAUAUGA